AGUGUUAUUCUGUAUGCGCGCAGCUCAGGCAGCGGCAGCCCUAGCCCUGGCAGCCCGUCCAGUGGGUACCAGUCCCCCUCCUCCACCCACUCUCAGCCCUCCUCCCCAGAGGAGGUCACCUUCACAGAACUCGGGCCCCUGGGGUCCCUGAAGGGCCAGAGAGGGGGAGGAUGCACACCUCCAUCCUCCAAGCUGGUGUUCCACUUCCCAGAAGUCUACAAUGUGGCUACAUCAACAUCCACCCACCAGCACACGUACCAACACCCCAUCGCUGGGAAAAGGCCUUGCGGAUUCACAGGACCUUUCACCAGUGAGUAGCAUUCCUUCCUACCUUCUUUUGUCGCCCCUCUCACUCUUUCUAUCCUAAACCAAAACAUCCACCCUAUCCAAUACCCAUCUCCUCCCACAAUCUUUUUCUUAAUGUACACUACACAACAUAUUUUGUUGCUUGUAACGUUGGUGGGUAGUCACCUUCACUUCUGAUCUGAUAACAUUUCUGACUGGCUGUACUUCUGUUUCUCUCUCUAUAUCUACAGAGACUGGUGGGAUGGUGCUCCUGUGUAAAGUGUGUGGAGACAUUGCAUCUGGGUUCCACUACGGAGUGCACGCCUGUGAGGGUUGCAAGGUAAGAAGACCAUGAUGACUAAACACAUUCAGAAAGUGCCUCUGAAAUGGCACCCUAUUCUCUAUAUAGUGCACUACGUUUGACCAAAAGUUGUGCACUAUAUAGAGAAUAGGGUGCCAUUUCAGAUGCAAUCUUACUGUGUACAAUAAGUAGGUGGGUCACAUUCAUCAUUAAAACCAACCAGGAUGCUAACUAACUGUACAUCUGCUUGUAUUUCCUGUCUAGGGCUUCUUCCGUCGCAGCAUUCAGCAAAACAUCAACUACAAGAUGUGUGUGAAGAACGAGAACUGCCUCAUUAUGAGAAUGAACCGCAACCGCUGCCAACACUGUCGCUUCAAGAAAUGCCUCUCCGUCGGCAUGUCCAGAGAUGGUAAGAGUUAUAGUGAAAUCUUACUGAGAGUGCAGCCUCAGACAAUCGUUUGAGGCCAUACAAUGCAAGUUUCUCAGCACUGCACCAACCUUAUCUUUCACCUGAGACAUUGCACUAACCUACUGUUGAAGGGCACACUUAGGAAACUAACCUAUAUCCACACAGCCUUUGCACAUUCAUACGUUUCAAAGUCAGUCUUCCUUCCUGUUGUUCAGAUUCCUCCCCUCUCCAUGUUCCUUUCGUCCAUGUUCCCUGAGCUCUCCCUCCAUCCCGCUCUCCUCUCCGACAGUGAUUUAUGAGAACAGGAGCCUUGAAAUCCCUGAAGCUGUCUGUUAUACAGAAAACUGCAGCAAACACAGGAAUUAUUUUGGGAAAUUAGAACAGGGGAACUUGAUUACCUUGUAUGCUGUUUGCCCUUAUAACAUCUUGUACAAUUAAUGAGGGAUACGGCAAACAAUUAAGCUCGAGAUGCAGAACAAAACAGCCCGUCCUUGUCCUAAUCUCACCUACUUUACUUUUAGUCUUGAUAGCUAAGUAUUGAUAAAUUGCCACAUCAUAACGGAUUACAAAAAUAGUGUGGGAUGGUUUCAGUUGACCUAAAAAAGCAAAGCAAACAUUUUACCUAUAGCAUACUGGUACAUGGUGACCUAGUUGGGAUAGUUUGCCUGCCUUCAGUGUCUUCUCAGUGUGGCUUCAACCCUCCUGGGUUCUAUCUAUUGCUUAAUCUACGAGAGAACCAAGUGUGAUUUCUGCAUGCGGUCGACAGUUUGGGUGUUCAAAAAUGGAGUACAAGAAACUAGGGUAGUGAAGAUGUUUUGAUGGAACAUACACUCAUAUUGACCCUAUUAAAAACACAAUCUUGAAAGUGUUAAGAACCACAACCUAGAAACCUCUUUCCUUCGGCUGCAGCUGUUGUGAAAACAGAAAAACCUCAGUCAACUGCCUGCAGUCCACAUGACAGAAUACGUCCUGAUUUCUUAGGAGCCUGAUGAUGUGUGAUUGUGAUACCAUAUAGGCACGGCAAAUAUUUAAGUCACUUUCCCUCAUCUUCUUAAAGAUACAGUCAACACUUUCAUCCUUAACGCAGUGCAUUAAGCUCAUUCUCACAACUGUAAUGACUAGCUAAAGUCUAGACAGACUAUCAUGCCACAAAGUGGAUUGAUGUAAAUUAAUAUAGCAGAAUUCCAUAGAUCUGGUGUAACAGAAUGUCACUGUUAUUGCCCUUUUUAGCUUGAUCUAGAUCUAUGAUCUUUAGGGACAGUGCAUUGCACACUACAGAGAGAGACCCAGGAGAUCAUGUAAUGAUGCCAGAGAUGUGUUAACACAGAUGUUAACAGUCAUACAUCUAACUGAAGCAGAACACAAAAAAUCCCCCUGAUGUCAUAGCUUAGUGCAGUAUCUUGUUUUGAUCUCAAACACUUGAAGUUAGUUUAGUUAAUUUGUUUCUAUGAACAUGCAUGUAUGUUCAUGCUUGCACUCUUCUUAAUUAUACAUCAUUUAGAUCUUGCCUCAUGCAUUGUGCUGGCUUGGUUGAAGAACUCUCAGGAGCAGGACUGCCAUUUGAAGUUUCUCCCUUAUCUCACACUCCAUCUUGUGAUGUUUCACUCUUCUCACUCACUACAUUCUCUCUGCAAUCUCCUAUUUUCAACCCUACUCUUCACUCUCACUAACAACCUCCUUCUCUGCAACCUUUCCUUCAUGCCUCCCUCCAUCACUCCUUCUCUGCAUCCUCUCUUUCCUCCCCCUUGCGUGCCGAGAGCCCACCUCUAUUUCUCUCCCGACGUAGCAGUAGCAGUGACAUCGCGUUCACGAUGAGUCACUGCCCUACUUACAAAGCAGAGAGGGAGGGAGGGAGGGAGGGAGGGAGGGAGGGAGGGAAGGAGAGGAGAGUGAUAGAUGGGGAGAGGGUCUAUAAAUAGCAUUUCCAGCUGAUGGAUAUUCUUGGAGAGGGGGGUGGGGAGUAGUAGGGAUGGGAUCCACAAAAGACUGCUUACAGGUUCAUGCAUGAAAUACACAAGAUGCAAUUAAUGCAUUUUAGUUACCAAGGGGAACGUAUGAACAUGAUCUGUUUGUUUCUGUGUAGACUGGACCUUAAGACUUAAUAUCUAUAAGAGAACUAUGGUCAGAUGUUGACCAGUUCCCUCCGUUUGUGUCUCCAUCAGCUGUGCGUUUUGGCCGUAUCCCUAAGAGGGAGAAGCAGAGGCUUCUGGAAGAGAUGCAAAGCUACAUGAACAGCCUGAAUGAGUCUGCCACCAUGGACAUAGAAUCCUCCCCCAUCUCCGAAGCCCCUCCCAGCCCAGCAGAGGUUCCUUCUAAAGAGGCCAUCAGAGCCAUCUCUCGGGCCUAUCAGGACAUCUUCACCAGCAGCCAAGACAAGGCAGCCAACAGGGGAAUCAACAUCAACAACCUACAGACAACAUGUCCGUUCAAGAGCAACACAUCUCAGGAGAUCAGCUACACCAAUGGCUCCUCCCACACCGGCUCUGACUCCACCCAGGGGUACCAGUCCUGUCCUGCAGGCCUUGGCCCUCGCUGCCCAGACACCAAUGACAACCACCAUACAUUCCCCUCUGUGGACAAAAGUCGCUAUAGUUGCCCUGCUGCUUCAUCCAAUCAUGACCAUGGACAGUCUAAUGUGGGCACGCCUCAACGGGGCAGCUCGGCCAAUCACAACAGUUUCUCCAUGAAGGUAGAGACUCAAGAGCCCCAAACUCAGACGUCCUGUCCAUGGAAUUUAGCUGCUGGAGCCAAAGUGCUGGUGAGUAAACUAAGAGUUGUUAGAAAGUUGCUAUAAAGCUUUACAUUUGUGAAGUUUAAAAAACAAUAGGAUAGUAUGAUUUGAAUCUAACUUUCUCUCUCUAUCCCUCCCUUUCUCUCAGGCCUGUCCUCUGAAUGCGUGUCCUGUCUCUGCGGCCAGUCGUUCUGGACAGCAGAUAUGGGAGUCUUUCUCCCAGUGUUUCACCCCGGCAGUGAGGGAAGUGGUGGAGUUCGCUAAGGGUAUCCCUGGCUUCCAGGAGCUCAGCCAGCACGACCAGGUCAUGCUGCUCAAAUCAGGCACCUUCCAGGUAAUAACCGCUUGUUUUUAAAGUAGUCUAUUUUAGUCCAGGUCUAGGCUUUAUCUGUACCCAGGAAACCGGCCCUAAAUCCGAUUACAUUUCUAAACACAGCUUAAAUAAAGGACAAAACACCUUAAUUUUCUCUCCCAAUACAUGUAAUCCCACUCCAUAUUGACUAACAUUCCAUUGUGUCUUCUGUCUCGGUUAGGUCUUGAUGGUGAGGUUCUGCACAAUGUUCAACCCUGAGGAGCGGACGGUGACCUUCCUGAAUGGCCAGACAUACCCUCUGUCCACCCUGCGGGCGCUGGGGAUGGGGGCGCUGCUCGACGCCAUCUUUGACUUCAGUGAGAAGCUGGGAACUCUGAGGCUGGAGCCUGAUGAGAUGGCUCUGUUCAUGGCCGUGGUGCUGAUCUCUGCAGGUGAGAAAAGAGCCAUUUAAUUCAUCACUAAAGCAGUGACAAUAUGAACAACAUGGCAUUAGGAAGUCAUAGAAGAGAUGUAUAUCUUGACUGGUAUGGAAAGAAAAUGUGACAGAGUAAGUAUGAAGAGCUUAUUAUGAGCAUAACGAUAAACUGACGAUAAAGUUGUGCAGACAUCCAUUGAUAGAUAGAUAGAUAUUGUGUCUCAAACAAACUCUCACCCUGUCUCUUCUUGUCUCCUCAGACUGUUCUGGCAUCGCUGAUAUGGGGGCAGUAGAACAGCUCCAGGAGGGGUUAAUCCAUGCCCUGCGUUCCCUCAUCCACUGCCGUCAUCCCGAAGAGAGCGCAUCCAUCUUCCCCAAGCUGCUUCUGCACCUGCCCGACCUGCGCACCCUCAACAACCUGCACUCCGACAAGCUGCUGGCCUUCCGGAUUGACCCA